UUCUGUUAUCCCGGUGAUCUCGGUGUCUCGACCGAGCCUAUGCUCUACCACCGUUCACGUUGCCCGAAACCUUGUCCUUCACCAACUACUAAAGCAGCUUCAUGCGCCAUGGACGAAGAGCCAGCGCAAGCUCCUUCUUCGCGGAUUCCCUCUCAUUUCCCCAAUAAGCAACCAUCGAUCCCUUCUCUAAAACCGUUGACAAAUCUUCAAUCGAGUUCGACGUCUUCGGGUGGUUCGUCGAUGAAAACAUGGCUGCCUCCCAUUGAUGCGAACUCCUCUUCAUGGCUUUCACUGCAACAGCACCAGCAGACGCUUCGUCACUCUGGACUGCUUCCCGCGGUCGAAUCCUCAUUUGUAAAUGGCCACCGUCGAAGUGCUAGUACGGGAAUUGCUCUUCCUCCAUCAAAACAUGCUUCAUCGCACUCUCUUAGCGGCAUAGGAAACAUCUCUGCAGCAUCUCCAUCACUUCAGGUGCCUUCAUAUAAGUCUUACUUUGAAAAUGGUCCCUUUAUGCCGUCAAAUGGCUCGACAGCCAAUUCACCGUCUUCGUAUGUUGGUGCUGUCUCCUCUUCGUCCGGCAUGGUGCUCUCACAUCCUCCUUCCAUAUCCUCCGGCUCUCCUCAACAAGGCUCUGCUCCAAACGUCCCGAUGAAUUAUUCUGGCGCCUCUAAUGGGAGAAACUCUCUUUCAUUUUCCAACUCACCUUCUGUUGGCGUCUCCAGACAUGCUAAAAGUCAUAGUAUCGCGUCUCUCCCGAACCCAUCGGGUUCUCCUAUGUACCCUCCAUCUCUCGUUCGUAACCAAAGAGGUUCUCGCAAUUUUGAUGCCCCAUGGCGCCCUCCCAAUUCUCAGAGCGGUGUAUUCACUCCUCCUGCCAGCGCUUUCCGUCCUCCACACGCUGGUCAUAGGCAUCGUUGUUCAACAGGCAGUCUUAUUGUGCCGAAGAGACCUGCGACUUCUUCUGCCACUUCGCCCGCGAAUUCGCGAAAGAACCUCUUUACACCCUACCUUCCCCAGUCCUCUGUACCUGCUCUUAUUGCUGAGCAUCGUUUGGUCACUGGUGUGCUCACGGUUAGCAAGAAAAACAGAUCCGAUGCAUUUGUUAGUGUAGACGGUUUGGAUGCCGAUGUGUUCAUCUGUGGUUCAAAGGAUCGUAACCGUGCGCUGGAGGGCGACGUGGUUGCAGUAGAACUGCUCGAUGUAAAUGAGGUUUGGGCUGGCAAACUUGAGAAAGAGGAAAACCGCCGCCGUAAAGAUGGUUUGGCUAGUGCGAAUGACGGUUCCAUGAACUCUCCUUAUUCCCCCAAAGCACAAUCGGUUCCUCACCGUUCUGCUAUUAAGGCUAAGGAUGAUGAGCAGGUUGAGGGUCAGACUUUAUUUUUGUUGGAUCAGAAACAGUUGGGUAUCGACGAAAAGCCCUAUCACGCAGGUCACAUUGUUGCUGUUCUUCAACGUGCUCCUGGUCAGGUCUUUUCUGGUGUAUUAGGUAUUCUUCGUCCCAGCAGUGCUGCUACCAAAGAACGCCAAGUCAGCAACGGUAAUGCAGCCCAGUCAUCUGCUAACGAACGCCCCAAAAUUGUUUGGUUCAAGCCUUCUGAUAAGCGUGUACCUCUUAUUGCUAUUCCUACAGAACAGGCACCAGACGAUUUCAUUGAGCGUGACCAUGAAUACUCUCAACAAUUGUUUCUUGCCUCCAUCAAACGCUGGCCCGUCACUUCUCUUCACCCAUUCGGUAUGCUUGUUGGCCAAUUGGGGCCCAUGGGCUCCUUGAAGGCUCAAGUGGAAGCCUUGUUGCGCGAUAUGGGUGUUAAUUGUGACCCCAUUGAGAACUCGACUUCAGCAGCUGCGGCCAUUGCUACCGCCAAAGAAUUGAAUCCUUCCAUCGCCGAACGCUGUGACGAAGACAUCUUUCUUCUUACUGUCGAUGAUGCGUUUGUCGAGCCCGAGUCCAAAUCCGAAGCUUCGAAGACCAAUGCAUCAGACGACAAGCCCUACAUCGCCUCGCCCGUUUCGUCGGCUUUCCAUGUCCGCGAGACGGAAGAGGGAUUCCAUGUUGGUGUUCAUGUUACUGAUGUUUCUCGUGCUGUCGAUCCAGGAACGGCUCUGGAUCGUGAGCUUCAACGUCGUGGCAGUGCGGUUCAUUUGUGUCAGCGGGUCCUUCCUCUAUUCCCUCCAGAACUUUUGAAGUUCCUGUCGUUUAAAAAGGACACUGAAAGUCAUGCCAUCAGUGUUCUCUUAGACAUUUCCCACACCGGAAGAGUCUUGAAAACAACCAUUAAGCGAACGAUAAUUUGUCCCAAACAUACCUAUAGUAUUAACGAGGCAGCUUCGUUGUUAGAAAAAGAUGAACGCUUGCGUUUGAUGAAGACAGUCUCGUUGAGCCUGCGCUCUUACUUCUUUGGCACGACACUUCCUCUAGACCGUGUAUGUCGGUUGGCUACACGUUGGGAUGAAGAAAAUGUCUUCGUGAAUGCUAGACACACCAAUCUGUUUGAACCGAAUAACAUGGUUGUUAUCCGGGACAUGCUCGUUAAUGCCGCCAACCGUGCAGUCGCCUCACAAUUGGAGAUGCAUUUUAAGAAAAAUGCACUUUUGCGUGUUCAAAGAUUGCCCUCGCGGGAGAACUGCCGUUUGCUUCAGCGGAUGGCUAUCCAAAUGGGUUCAGUUUUGGAUAUGUCAUCUUCGAAGUCUGUGUUGCGUUCUUUGCUGCUGAUUGAAGAUCCUAAUGUGCGCAACAUUUUACAAUUGUUUUACUACAAGGUCAUGCCUCGUACAGUGUAUGGUAUUAGAGGUGUGAUGGAAGCAAACAUUCACGCUGCUAUGCGUGGAAUCUCUAUGAUGAGUCUCAAUGAAGAACCUGUCGAAGAGGACAAUGCACUGCUUACUCAUUUUGCCGCUCCUUUGGAGCGAUACGCAGACAUCAUUGUUCACUUCCAACUCGAUCUCAUGCUCAAGAAUGAAAAUAUUCCAGAACGCCGUCUUCGUGUCUGGGCGCAAGCUUCCAACGAAGCUGGUCGACGCUUGUUGGUCAGUAAGUUUGCACAGGAGUCGAGUAUUCAUUUGCAACUGUUCAGCAAGUGGGACGCAAACAACGCGUGGUUUGAUGGCAUUGUUUGCUUUGUCUCGAACGCCUACUUUGACGUUUUCUUCCCCAAAUUGGGCAUGGAGAAGCGUGUUCAUCUUGAUCUUUUGGGUCUUUCCCAAGUUCGUUUCGAUGACAACCAGUGCGUUUUGUCGCUGCAGGAGCAGAAUGGUCAUUGGCGCACUGUGAAGCUUUUGACCCCAGUGCGGGUGCGCUUGUUCGCAUUGCUUUCAACGCCUCCCCUGAUUAAUGUAAAAUCUGUUUCGUUUAAUGUUUAAACCUGUUUUGGUUCAUCUUCGGGCUCCAAGAGCAAUCUUCUACAAGAGGUGUCGACUUGUUUCUGUGGAAGCGCGUCGACUUUGUUCGCGCAUUGAUUCAAGCGUGCGAUUUUCAUGUUGUACAGAGAAUUGAUUGCCUACACCUACGUCCAUGCUUUCCUUUUCCCUUGCUUUGUGCUCACUAUGCACUCAUGAUGUUCAUCCAUAUAAACAAGCCAAUAUAUUGUGACUCUUUGAGAAACGGUUUGACGCAUCUGCUUUCAUUCUUUCCGAGGCCGCCUUCAUUAUUACCAAAAAAAAAACAAGAAAAAGAAAAAAAAACAAUAAAGCAAACAGAGUCCUCAUCAUUGCUCAAUGAGUGGAGUAUAUCAUUGACAGACACUGUAUGCUCUUUACAUGCUCUCGUUCAUUGUCGUCCUCACGUCCACUGUUUUUUUCAUACACUCACAAAUCAUUCCGCACAUGCAUGACUCAGUCUAUGUUGACUGUGCGUUCGACACACGGUCUCCUUUCACUCGCUUUUCCUUGGUCGCUGUUGCCCGGGUACUGUUACAUUCGGUGCAGUGCUUUUUGCCAGUAUCAUUCCUAUCAUUGUUUCACUCCCUUUUUGGGAACGCUACGUUCCAAGCGUUCGUCAUUCCGUAUAUUUGCACCUGAAAUUCUUUAAUGGCGGUGACUCCCUGAGUUGCUGUUAAUAUUGUUGUAUGUUUGAGUUAUUGUUUGGAACUGUCGUUGAUGGAUAUGCUUUUGGAGUUGCUAUGACCUUUCUUGUUACCUUUUCUUCCAUUUGUCGUUGGUUUUCCAACUAAAAUACACAUUUAAAAACGGCACCCUUCGUGUUCUAUGCUCCAAUGUUGCAGCUGUGACUUACACUCUUUAGUGUGGAAUUCUUUUUAUGGAAGCUUUCUGUUCUAUAUAUUUUUUUUUACAGUUGUAUCGCUAGAGCUACCUGUGUGUUGUCUUUUCAUACUUUGUGGGAUGGUAAAGAUUGCUCACCUAUUUUACGAUUGUUUGAUGCUGUUCAUAUACGCGACUAGCCGUUGCGGGUUUUGCAAGGGUUUUCUUAUUGCGUAGAUGAAUGAAUGCUGCUAUGAACAAGAAGAAAAGGUCUAAUAUGUGCAGGAACUUGAUGUAUUUUCGAGGGCAAAAGCCAAUAGGCAAGUUGUUUUUGUUCUUUUUCAUUCCAGUUCGUUUGUUACUUGUUUCUUUUCUUUUUUUUUCUGCCGGGCGUUUCUCUUUCUAGACUAUCAAUGCAUGGAAAUGCUUCUUGUUUGUUUUUGGUAGUUUUGUUUUUUAUUACUAUUGUUCCUGUUGCCUGUAACUAGUUUUGUUUUUUGUUUUUUUUUUAGUUAUGUAAGGA